CCCCCCCUCUUCUCCGUCUUCCUCUUCUUUACCCUCAUUCUGCUUUUCUUCACAGCAGAAAGAAAGAAAGAAAGAAAGAUGACUCCUUUCAUAUCCCUCUCUCUCUUGCUUGUCCUUCUCCACUGUCCCCUCCCAUCCUUCUCGACCAAUUCUGAAGGAACUGCGCUGAAUGCCUUGAGAAGCAGGCUCUCUGACCCCCACAACAUUCUGCAGAGCUGGGACCCAACUCUGGUUAAUCCUUGUACUUGGUUCCAUGUUACCUGCGACUCCAAUAAUCAUGUCACCCGCUUGGAUUUGGGCAAUUCUAACGUCUCUGGAACUCUUGGCCCAGAACUGGGCGAACUUCACCAUUUACAAUACUUGGAGCUUUAUAGGAAUGACAUAAGAGGGAAGAUUCCUACGGAACUCGGCAACUUGAAAAAACUUGUUAGUCUGGAUAUGUACGAUAACCAGUUUGAAGGGGAGAUCCCAAAAUCAUUCAGCAAGUUGAAAUCUCUCAGAUUCCUCCGCCUAAACAACAACAAGCUUUCAGGGCCAAUCCCAAGACAGCUCACUCGUCUCACUAAUCUCAAAAUCUUUGAUGUUUCUAACAACAACCUCUGUGGAACAAUACCAGUAGAUGGCCCUUUUGCGUCUUUCCCUCCAGAAAGCUUUGCAAACAACAAUAAACUCAAGGGUCCAGAACUUAAAGGAUUGGUUUCUUACAAUUUUGGAUGUUGAAGAAAGCUAUUAUACUGCGAAGAGAAAGGGAAUGUAAAACAAUAUAUUUGGUUGCCAUGGAAAAGAGUCUGAUAUAUGAAUAAUAAAAGGGAGUGAUUAAACUAUGAUCUGAUUGUAUCACCGACCAUUGUGUGCAGCAUGUAGCUGAACUCAGACUUUGAUGAUGGUGAUAAACAAAUGUCUCAAGGAAAACUUGUUUGCUUGGAAAAUCAUUUUAUUUAUAUAAAAUCUAUAGAAAAACUGUUACUUAUAA